CGGACCCGGUUGACUAAUAAACGUCUACACACCCACUGACAGGGUUGACCGAAAGUCGUUCUGGUGUUCACUCCAACCAUUUGCCCACAGGCGAGUACAGUUAUUGUCGAAGGGAUCGAUUCCAAACAGGCGAGACCGAAUCCAGGCCUGGUCCUUUUAUAUUGAAGUCCAGGACCGGUCCCCUUCGACAAUAACUGUACUCGCCUGUGGGCAAAUGGUCGGAAGCGAACCCAGCAGGCCGUACUUUUACCUGGACAGGAUCAAUUCCGACCAGGCGCAGUCAGCUGGACAUGUUCUAGAUGGUCCAGGACACUAUAGGUGCCGCUUGCCGGGACCGCAAUGCGCAGCACUUAGCGCUAAUCUUCACACUUACUUAUCCUUCUAUGCACCACCAACUUCGCCGACGGAUGACGAAGUCGCGGUGGGGGACAUCCUGGCAUAUACUACCAAGGUGGCCCGCGAGUUUCGCACGCAGCGGUACAAUGACAACAACGCAACGCUCAUGUAUGUUUGCAUUCAGGUUGGGCAAGCGUCCUGGAGCGCUUUGCUGGAUAGCGGCGCGUCUCGCAACUGCAUGAGCCAGUCCUUUAUGCAAAUGGCUGGCCUUGGCGCACAAGUUCGGAGGAAGGCAAACCCGACGGCGAUCAAGUUGGCGGAUGGAAAGACGCAACAACUCCUCGACCGUUACAUCGAGGCCGUACCGGUCUACUUUGCACCUCAUGCAUGCGAACCGGUAUCAUUCGAUAUUCUCGAUACGGACUUCGACAUCAUUCUGGGAAUGCCUUGGCUUGCAAGUGCGGAUCACUCAAUCAACUUUCACCGGCGGACUCUUAGCGUUCGCGACGCCUUCGGCGCGGAAGUGGCGUGUACUAUUCCUCUACCGCACCCUUCGAUCCGGUGCCAAGUGGUGACGGCCAAAUCAUUCCGGGCGACUUGCGCUUACGAGCAGCCCGAGGAGAUUGGCCUAUGUUUUCUACGGACCGUCGCGGUAGCCGACUCUUCACCCACGGACUUGUCUUCGGACCCCCGUGUGGUACGGUUGCUGGACGAGUUCGCUGAUAUCUUUGAGUCACCUACCGGUGUGGUGCCUCACGAGAUCAUUCUUGAGACCGGUGUCGUGCCGCCGAGAGGUUGCAUCUAUCGGAUGAGCAAGGAGGAACUUGAGGUCCUCCGCGCACAACUCGACGAUUUGUUGGCCAAGGGUUGGAUCCGCCCUAGCAGCUCCCCAUAUGGAGCACCAGUUCUCUUCGUCAGGAAGAAGAACAAGGAUCUACGGCUAUAUCAUCAAAUCUCGAUCCAGCCGAACGACCGCUACAAGACCUCGUUCAAGACGCGGUACGGGCAUUUCGAGUGGGUGGUCAUGCCUUUUGGCCUCACCAACGCCCCGACGACCUUUCAGGCGGCAAUGACCAAUGAAUUUCGUGCAAUGUUGGACCGGUUCGUGCUGGUCUACUUAGACAAUAUUCUCGUCUAUAGCCGGUCAUUGGAGGAUCAUCUUGGACAUCUUCGACGAGUGCUGGAGACGCUCCGCCGUGCCAAGUACAGGGCCAACCGCGACAAGUGUGAAUUUGUCCGGCAGGAGCUGGAAUACUUGGGCCAUUUCGUCACACCGGAGGGCAUCAGUCCGCUAUCGGACAAGAUUCAGGCCGUCCAAGAGUGGCCGGAGCCUCGACACGUCAUAGAUGUCCGCUCGUUCCUCGAUCUCGCCGGCUACUAUCAGCGCUUCAUCAAAGGCUACUCGAAAAUCGCGGCCCACUUGAACAAGCUUCAAUGCGAGGAUCGGCCGUUUGACUUCGGAGAGGAGGCGCGGGGAUCAUUCUUCGCUCUCAAAGCCGCGCUAUUGUCUGCGGAGGUCUUGCGGAUAUACGACCCGCUCUUGCCUACGCGUGUCACUACGGAUGCGUCAGGCUAUGGCAUUAGUGCAGUCCUCGAGCAACAUGACGGUGUGGACUGGCACCCGGUCGAAUACUUCAGCAAGAAAGUGCCAAUCGUGCAUUCCAUUGAUGAUGCACGCAAGGAGCUCCUCACCUUCAUCCACGUGCUCAAGCGGUGGCGGCACUUCCUCCUUGGUCGAAGCCAAUUUCGUUGGGUAACGGACAACAAUCCGUUGGUCUUUUACAAUACCCAAGACACCGUCAACAGCACCAUCGCUCGAUGGAUGGCUUUCAUCGAUCAGUUCGACUUCUUUCCCGAUCACAUUCCCGGGAAGUCGAACCGUUUUGUGGAUGCUCUUUCACGCCGUCUGGAUCAUUGUACCGCGGUCUACUCAACCUUCGAGAUCGACGACGACCUGCGGAACAGUUUCAUCCGCAGCUACCAAGCCGACCCCGAGUUUCGCGACAAGUACGCGAAUUGCUCCUCUCCUAAUCCGGCUCCUUCUCACUACCGGAUCCAAGGGGGUACUUGCUUGUCCACACGCGGGGGAAGGACCUUCUUUGCAUACCAAGUGAUCCUCACUUGCGUACACGGCUUCUUGGCGAGUUCCACGACGCUCCCGCCACUGGACAUUUUGGAGUCAAUCGCACGAUUGGCCGACUUCGCCAGCGAUUUUGGUGGCCCGGCCUUCUCGGCGACGUUGUCAGGCGGCCACAAGUAAGGACGUAAGAAGAGCAGGAUGGAUAGCCAAGGUAGGGUGGGUGCAGCUAGAGGAGAGGAUUACCCGUUGCUUCUUCCAGGUGGUGCGACAGUGCCAUACAACUGCCACUAUGCAUCAACUCAAACACCCGUUCCAGGAGGAUGCUCUGGUGGCUGUGAGGUCUUCAGAGAUCUGGCCUACACUGUCCAGUAUGAGCAGUACUUGUUUACAGAGGAGCAGUGGACUGAAAAGGAUAUGGAGGAACGGCCCGCAGGAGCAGUACGGAAUAAGAAUUCAUGGGGUGCCGGCCACGUGUAUGGAGGCACGGGUCAAUUGGAAGGAGUUGCUAGUGAUUCUCUGCUAGUGAUUCUGGCUCCGGCAGCUGUGGUGAAUGAUACGGGAGGCAUUCAGGUGGUGCCAGGGGGGAUGUGCGUAGGCAUCAUGAUGGCAACCGAGGGCACGGGGGAGAGGCAGGUGGAUGACCUCAUAGCUGUGGUGGUAGAGCGGGCAGCGGGAUGGCUGGGCCGGCAGUCGGCAGGACUGUUUGGCCGUGCAAUUCUCAUCAGUAACUCCCUGCUGGCUAUCAUGUUGUAUGUGGUCGCGACUCACGCUCUCUCCGCUGCUCAGUACAGGAGCCUCAAUGGAGCUAUAGCAAACUUUUGUGGUCCGGGGAUCCAGCUGCCGAUGCCACAAUUUUUUAUUAAGCGGGUUGCCUGGAUCAAACUGGUACAUCCAAAGACAGACCGGGGGCUGGGCAUCCUGGACCCCCAGUCUCAGGCUUCUAUGCUGCAAGCACGGGCAAUCUUAUGGCUACUAAACGAUGAUGACGAUUCUGAUUGGAGACGGAUAGUUAGAGGUCUGCUCGCGGACACACUGCGGGUGGACCCUGCCUGGGUAUUCACGACUCUCACAUCUACAGGCUUACUACGAAACCUGAAGCAGGGUUUCCUUUAACCUCGGGAUUGAACCUGCAGCUCUUCAGAUGGUGGACCAGAUUUUGGACCAACCACUGUUAGCCAACCCAUGU